CAUUGUUUCGUUUUCGGGGUUCGACUGUCUUGCCUGCCGUAUGUUCGAAUCCUCACGGAAGUACUGACGUGUUCACACGAGAGGUAGCUAGUUUAGCUAGCUAGGUAGAGCCGGGUAGUGACACAGCGGCCGUAUCAGAAUGUCAGAAGGGGACAGUGUUGGAGAGUCAAUCCAUGGCAAACCAUCGGUAGUCGGUGCCUUUUUCACACGGAUUGGACAGAUCUAUCAGUCAUGGCUAGACAAGUCAACGCCGUUCUAUGCAGUGCGGUGGGCAGCCACUCUACUACUCACUGCUGUCUACAUGAUCAGAGUGUACAUACUACAGGGUUGGUAUAUAGUAACAUAUGCUUUGGGAAUCUACCAUCUCAACCUGUUCAUUGCUUUUCUAUCGCCAAAAGUGGACCCUUCACUGCUUGACGAAGAUGAGGGCCCAUCCCUUCCUACCAAGCAGAACGAGGAGUUCCGCCCUUUCAUCAGGAGGUUGCCUGAAUUCAAAUUCUGGCAUUCAGCAACAAAAGGCAUCGUCAUCGCCAUGAUUUGCACAUUUUUCGAUGCCUUCAAUGUGCCAGUGUUCUGGCCUAUACUUGUAAUGUACUUCAUCAUGCUCUUCUGCAUCACCAUGAAGAGGCAGAUCAAGCACAUGGUCAAGUACAGAUACCUACCCUUCACACAUGGGAAGAGGACAUACAAAGGCAAGGACGACACAGGGAAAACAUUUGCUAGUUAAAAACUCCCACCUACCCUUCCCCUCCUUCUCAAUUGAAAUGUAUCCGUCACAGCUAGUGGGGAGUGACCAGGGUUGGUUUUUUUUUUGUACACGGGACAGUAACCUGAAAACAUACGUUAAAAUGCAAGUUUUGAUCCAUGGUUCGCAGUGUUGAGGUAAUGAGCAGCACGGAUCAAAUUAGUUUGGGAAUAUUGCCUUUGUCCAUCAAGGGGUUGGAUUUUUCUUUCUUUCUUUUUUUGGAGGACCACGAUCCUCACCUUAGGAUUGGUCGGAAUUUUUUCAAUAGUAGCUGAGACAGUGCUGCCUAUUGCCUUUUUUACCCCUUUAGGUAAGUAUAAAGUCUUUGGGAAGGAACCAUGCUGAAAAAAAUUGCAGUGAAAUUUGUGAUAUUUGAAUUUUUUUUUUUUUCCCUCAUCCCAAGUGAAACAAAUCUGCCAACUUUUACCUAUUUGUAACAAGUUAUACAUUGGAAGUUAGUAGUAUAAGUAGCAAAAUGACAUGAUUAGAUAUGUGAGAGGAAAACUGGAGGAAAUGCUACAUUCUUGAAGUUGAAGGCCUAGGAGUAUCUCAGCCAAUUGUCCUCUAUACUAAAUGCAGACAAAGCAGAGAAAUUAGUCACAUUUUAUUUGAAUAUGCAUUCAUGACUGGUGAAAAAAAAAUAGUAACAGUCACAAUUCAUCUCCUGAUACGACAACACUCAGCUCCUAGCUUUUUGAUUUAUGUUCAUUUUAAACUGGCAACUGAAUCUCUUUGUAUUAUGUGAUUCUCAAUAGCAUAGCUAGGGGAGCAAACCAGUAUGGAUGAUUAUUGGUGACCUCAUCAUUGGAAUCUUGAGCCACCCACCACAUAAUUGAAUGCAUAAUUCAAAGCGAGUGUCACAAACCCAACUCAUUUAGUCUCCUGUAGCCUGUAGUCUAAAUCAGCUCUUUCUACUUUGGCGCCUUUGUAUGGUUUACUGUAACAGAUGGGAUACAGUGUCAUUGAUCACCCCUAUAAACCACAUUUCUUAAAGGGGCAAUUAGCUUGAAUAGCAAGUGAUUCAAUUCGCUUUACCUCAGAUUUUUACACUAUUUUGACAAGAAUUAUCAAAAUAUAUUGUGCAUACACAGUGCACAACCAAUAUUCAAGGCCAAUUCAUAACAAGGUGUAAUCUGAGAUAACUGUCAAGAAAUUACAUGUUUGCCCCAGCAACUCUUUGAAACAUUUGCCCAUCUUUGUUUCAAAGCCUGGGGUCUUUACGAUUUGUGUAGAUUAGCUGUUGUAGUCCUUUAUAAUCUGUGUUUACUUUGAAAAGAGUUAUGGUAAAUAUAGUCAUUCCAAGCAAACUUUUGUUCUCUUUCUUUUUCAGAGGAAACAUAAGAAAACAGAGAUUGAGAGCUUUUAUUAUAACAAAUGGAUGAAGUGGGUGGCGAUCACACUUUCUUUUCUAUAAACCCUGUUGAUUUUUUUUUUCUCCAUUUUUAUCAGAAUGCUGGGGAUUAUCUGUCAUUACUUAACACUGAUCAUCACUGUAGUAAGGGAUCAAAACAUUUUCCUGUAAAAAGUUUGUGUUUCAAAGGAUUGUAUGGAGGAUUUGUGUGUAUAUAUAUAUAUUUUAAAAUAUGAAUUUCUUUGAGAUUAUUUUUAUUUUAUUUUUUUUUCUUCCAACCACCAUACUGUUUCCAAGUGUUUAAAUCCAUUCAAUUGAAAUUGAUGAAAGCAGAACUGGUUAAUUGGGUUCUAGAUUUGAUGAAUUUAAUAUGUUUCUCAUGGAUUGCAUGUCAUUGUUUUCUUGUGCUACAGAUAUAAACAAAAACUUGAUUUUAAUAACUUAAGUGUAAUUUUUUCACUCCAAAUGCUAUUAAAGAGACUGUGUCCCUUCAAACAGUGCA